AUGGAAACCUUUCAUGGCAUAAUCAAUACAACUAAAGACGCGUUAAUCAUCUUUGCAGAGGCAUGCAGACAAGGAGUAUUGUAUAGAAUAACACGUCGUUUAACAGAUGAAGAAAAAAGAUGCUUGCGUGUUGGAUCGAUUUAUGUUUAUGACGAAUUUGAAUCAAGGAUCAAACGUUGGACUGACGGAAAACAAUGGUCGCCAAGUCGUAUUCAGGGAGAUUUCUUGGUGUAUCAUGAAUUGUGUGCACGAUUUCCUGAUAUAAAAAAAUACGAAGAUUUAGAUGACAUGAUUAAGAAGCGAAUAGAAAUGGAAAAUUUGAAAUAUUAUAUUUGUAAUAAAGGAACAUUCAUACAUCGCAAAGAUGGACUAUUCAAGAAAACUAUUUCUGUAAAGACGGAUGGUGGUCUAAACCACAUGGUUAUUUAUGAAAAUAAAGGAAAUCAUGACAAUCUCUAUCCACCGAGUGCAUAUUUAGAAUUAUGCAAUAUAGAACCAAGUCAAGAAUUAAUUCUUAAUGGAGCGUUACGCAAAAACAAAGACAUGAUCUUAACUUUCGACCAUCUACAUUUGCCAUUACAACCAAAACUUACAAAAUUAGUUACCACCAAAACUACAAUUCAUAAUAACAAUAACGAUAUGGAAAUCAUAGAAGAACAAUCAUUCAAGCAAGACCUUGAACAUCAUCUUCUUCAUUUUAACGAUGAGAAUAACGACGAGAAUAAAUUACUUGGUUAUCCAUUUCCAUCAUUUCCACAAUUCCCAUUUCUUCUUGAACCUAAAUCAUUCUUGCCAAAUAACGAUAUUGAAUCACCUGAUGAUACACCUUUAGUGACACCAUUGAUGACUCCUAAUGAUGAAUUACACACGAACCCCAUUUUUUAUCAAGAAAAUAAAGUAGAAGAUGUCACUGCUGCAAUGUAUAUUACGAAAAAAUGGACUUACUUUUAUCUGGCAUACGACGAGCUCAAGCAUGAACUAAAAACUAGAACUCGUCUUGAGAAUGGACAAUGGUGCGAGGAUGAUGAGACUGCAUUUGUUGAACUUCUUGAAAAAGAAUUAGACAAGGUCUAUGAAUUUCAGAAGGUAAAAUCUGGAGAAAUAAAUAGGCGAAUCCUACAUUCAGAGAAAGAAAUCAAAGAUAUCAUCGAAUUAGGCUCUGCUGCCAAAGAAGAAAAUUAUACUUUACUUGAUACAGAAUUGUCAAUGAUCAUAGCUGAUGUUCAUGACCUUGCUAAAUUUACAAGAUUAAAUUAUACUGGCUUUUUAAAAAUUAUUAAAAAACACGAUAAACAAACAAGAUGGGUGCUCAAACCCAUGUUCAUGGUUCGGCUAAAUGCCAAACCUUUCUAUAAAGAAAAUUAUGAUGCGCUAAUAGUAAAAUUAUCACGUCUUUAUGAUAUAGUUCGUACUCGUGGGAAUCCUACAAAGGGUGAUUCUAGUGCUGGUGGUCAACAACAAAAUUUUGUUCGUUCAACUACAAAAUAUUGGGUUCAUCCAGACAACAUAACAGAGAUCAAAUUAAUCAUUUUAAAGCAUCUACCCGUUCUAGUGUUCAAUCUAGACAAGGAUUUUGAAACAUCAGAUUCAGCCAUCACCUCAAUUUAUUAUGACAAUGAAAACUUUGACCUCUAUACUGGUAGAUUGGAAAAAUCCGAAGGUGCUGAAGCUAUCAGAUUAAGGUGGUAUGGUGGAAUGGAUACCGAGGAAAUUUUUGUUGAACGCAAAACCCACAGAGAAGAUUGGACUGGUGAAAAAUCUGUGAAGGCGCGGUUUCGCAUCAAGGAAAAACAUGUAAAUAAAUAUUCUCUCGGACAAUACACGAUGGAAAAUGAGUUCGAGAAGAUGAAGGCCAAGGGAAAAGGGGAAGAUGAAAUUACGAGUUUAGCCAGAUUGGCUAAUGAAGUCCAAUAUAGAAUCAUUACAAAAAAAUUAAAACCGGUCGUCCGCACCUUUUAUAAUCGUACGGCAUUUCAAUUACCCGGUGAUGCUCGUGUUCGUAUAUCACUCGACACUGAGUUGACCAUGGUUCGUGAAGAUAAUUUUGAAAAUAAUCCAAAUUUACGUUCUGGAAAUAAUUGGCGAAGAAUGGAUAUUGGUAUUGAUUAUCCAUUUUCACAAUUACCUGACGGUGAAGUUGAAUUGUUCCCUUACGCUGUACUGGAAGUCAAGUUACAAACUCAACAUGGUCAAGAACCUCCAGAAUGGGUUCAAGAAUUAGUUCAUAGUCAUUUGGUUGAAGCUGUGCCCAAAUUUUCUAAAUUUAUUCACGGAGUUGCAACUCUUAUGGAAGAUAGAAAAAUUCAACUUUUUCCUUUCUGGCUUCCACAAAUGGACAUUGAUAUUCGCAAAAAACCAGAAAGACCUACUUCUUUCCAACUAAAGCGUCCUAGGUCAGCUUCUGAUAUGACCACAAGUGUAACAACUGAAGCAUCAAGUACUCAAGUAGAUGAUGACGACAACAUUGAAGUUUUAAUUGAUACAUUACUUCUAAAUGAUAAUAAAAAACGCACCCAAAAAUACAAUGAUUAUGGAUCACGUGAAGUACCAAAUAUUCUUGAAGAAGAGGAAGAAAUACUAGCAACAAUAUCAUCGGGUCGUCUUCCAAAAUCACAUCGUGGUAAGCCUAUCGCAAUACCAGUGCGCAUUGAGCCAAAAGUAUUUUUCGCAAACGAAAGGACAUUCUUAUCUUGGUUGCAUUUUACUAUCCUUUUGGGUGGUAUGGCACUGGGACUAUUGAACUUUGGUGAUGAUGUUGCACAAAUAUCAUCAUUCCUGUUUACUGCUAUUGCCAUGAUGAUAAUGUUAUAUGCUCUUGGAACUUUCCUUUGGCGUGCGAGAAUGAUUAGGAGACGUAGUCCGGGACCUUAUGAGGAUCGUGUUGGACCUACUUUUAUAUGUGCAACUUUGAUGGCCGCUAUAAUAACUAAUUUCUGGCUUAAGUUUUCAAGUAAUAAAGCCUUUAAAAUCAAUGCUUUAGCUGCUACUAGAAAUUAUUCCGUAAUACCACGUAUAGAUUAUCGAACUGUUUCUAGUGUGAAUGGACCACUUGUAGUUUUAGAUAAUGUCAAAUUUCCAAAAUUUGCUGAAAUUGUUAAUUUAACAUUACCUGAUGGCAGUCGACGUGCUGGUCAAGUAUUAGAAGUUCAAGGAAAAAAGGCCAUUGUUCAGGUUUUUGAAGGAACGUCGGGAGUUGAUUCUAAAGCUACUCAUGUUGAAUUUACUGGUGAUACACUUAAAAUUCCAGUUUCUGAGGAUAUGUUGGGUCGUAUAUUUAAUGGUUCAGGAAAAGCUAUUGAUAAAGGACCAAAAACUGGUAUUUCAGCAAUAGAUACAAUGAAUUCAAUUGCUCGUGGACAAAAAAUUCCUAUAUUUUCUGCUGCUGGAUUACCUCAUAAUGAAGCUGGUCUUGUAAAAAAAGUUGAUAAAGGAAUAUUUGAUGAUCAUGAAGACAAUUUCUCUAUUGUAUUUGCUGCUAUGGGUGUUAAUAUGGAAACUGCAAGAUUUUUUAAACAAGAUUUUGAGGAAAAUGGUUCUAUUGAGCGCGUAACUCUGUUUUUAAAUUUGGCUAAUGAUCCAACAAUUGAACGUAUCGUAACUCCUCGACUGGCACUUACAACUGCUGAAUAUUAUGCUUAUCAACUUGAAAAGCAUGUAUUGGUUAUUUUAACAGACAUGAGUUCAUAUGCCGAUGCUUUGCGUGAGGUUUCAGCAGCACGUGAAGAAGUUCCUGGUCGCCGUGGUUAUCCUGGUUAUAUGUAUACCGAUUUAUCCACGAUUUAUGAGCGUGCUGGUCGUGUAGAAGGAAGGAACGGAAGUAUCACACAAAUUCCAAUUCUGACUAUGCCUAAUGACGGAUAUAUCACAGAAGGACAAAUUUUUGUUGAUCGUCAAUUGCAUAAUCGACAAAUUUAUCCACCCAUUAAUGUAUUACCUUCUCUUUCUCGCUUAAUGAAAUCUGCUAUUGGUGAGGAUGCAGCUGCUAUGAAAGCCGUUGUAGGUGAAGAGGCAUUGAAUCAAGAAGAUAAACUUUCACUUGAAUUUUUGGAAAGAUUUGAAAAAACUUAUAUUGCACAAGAUAGUGCUUGGGGAAUUCUUCGAGUUUUCCCCAAAGAAAUGUUGAAUCGUAUACCACAAAAGGUUUUGCAAGAGUUUUAUCAACGUGAUAGAAAGGCAAAAGGUACCUACAGAAACAAAUCAACAAUCGACAUCACAACAGGAGAAGAAUGA